AUGGCGCUCGAGCCGCCGCCCGAGCAGCAGCUCCCGCCGCCGCCGCCGUCCCACGCCACCACGUGGUUCUUCAUGGUCGGUCCUCUCGCCGCCUCCCUCUUCCUCUUGGGCCUCGCCGCCAACCUCCACGUGUUCCACCUCCAGCGCUUGGCCUUUGACCGCGUCAUGGACAUGCGGCCGGACGAGGUCCCGAGCGCUCGAGGCGUCGCCCAGACUGCGCUCUCGCUGCUCCUGCUCCAGUUCGUGCUCUUCAACGGGUUCGCAGCCACACGCGGGCGGUCGGUCACCGAGGACGAGACGCACACGGAGCUGCUGCUCCUGAGCUACGUGGUCGUGGCCUCCGCGCUGCUCUUGUGUCCACUGGACGUCUGCCACCUCCCGUUCCGGCGCUACGUCGUGCGCAGACUCAGGCGCUGUCUGUGGCCGUUCCCGAGCGGGAGGCGGCAGCUCCCGGCGCGCGCUACGCCGUUCAGCGACGUCUUUCUGGCGGACGGCCUGACGUCGCUGUCCAAGUUCAUUCAGGACCUCUCGGUCGCGCUCUUGCUGCUCUUGCGGUCGCUCACACACGAGCCGAAGGACCUGCACGAGUCGUAUCUGUCCAAGUUGAAGGAGUCGCCGCUGCCCUAUUUCGCAGCCAGUUCCCCCUACAUACUCCGGGCGACGCAGUGUCUCAUCUCCUUCCAGCGGACUUCCCACACGAACGACCGCUUCCUCCACUUGCUGAACACGAUGAAGUACUGCUCGAGCUUGUUGGUCAUCUCCGUGGGCGCGCACCCGAUGCUCAUGGGGUUGCCACGACCGGAGCACAGCAGUUUCUUCCUGCUCUGUGCCGUGUUCAACUCGCUCUACUCCUUCCUCUGGGACGUCGUCAUGGACUGGGGCUUGGGGCAGCCCAACCUGCCACGACGCGUUGCCUUCUUGCGCCACCAAUUGACGUACCGCCCACACACGGUUUACUACCUGAUCAUCGCAGUGGACUUUGCGCUGCGCAUUAUGUGGGUGACGAAGUGGUGGGAUUGGAUGCAUCGCGGAGUGCACUUCAAAAUGGUCUCGCAGCUCGCCGAGGUCGUCCGUCGGAUCAUUUGGAAUUUCGUGCGGGUGGAAUGGGAGUGCAUGAAGCACGACGUCCUGAGCAGCAAGAAGGCGUCAGCAGACACGUUGAAGCUGGACGGGAUCGUUGACAGGAUGCCGCUUAUGGGAGAGGUCGAGGAUGAUGCGCCUGAAGCAUUGAAAUCCAGGCUCAGAACACUCGGCCAUCCCGACUCUUCCUUCUCUGCCGAGAACAGCGGUUCUGAAACAAGCAGUACGCCGAGCCAGAGCCCCAGCAACGGCAGGAACCUGCUCGUUCACAUGACGAGAAACGCCGGUGGUGAUGAUAUUGACGACGUUCGUCUACAAGAAAGAGCACCACAGGAUGGACAUAUCGCGUCUGCUGCCAUCACUGUCGCUAGCUAUCCCGGUAAGCCACAGGCGAUGACGGUAAGCGGGAAGAAGCUCACUGCGUCAACGCGUCUUUAA